CAGCUGUGUUGAUCGGUUGAUGCCCACAGUGAGGUGUGUAUGGCUUCCGGUGGAGACAACCUCUUCUCCAAGUCCUGUCCUGUUUUCUGCUGUGGCACCUGUUACAACCAGUAUUGCUGCUCUGACGUACUGAAGAGAUUUGUAUGGAGCAAGGAAGGUUGUGCUGAUAUUCAGGACAGCUUGACCAGGGUCAGGAGGAACGUGGAGAGGCUGAAUCAGCUGAGCUCGUCGCUGCAGUACACCUCUGACAUAGACAGUGACCCCAUGUCAGGGUUUGGGGCAACUAUAGCCAUCGGCCUGACCAUCUUUGUCCUCUUCGUUGUCACCAUCAUCGUCUGCUUCACCUGUUCCUGCUGCUGUUUGUACAAGAUGUGUUGCCAACCUCGCCCCAUCGUGACCACCACCACGUCCACCACUGUGGUGCACGCCCCUUACCCUCAGCCUCCCAGCGCGCCGCCCAGCUACCCCGGGCCGUCCUACCAGGGCUACCAGCCCAUCCCCCCCCAGCCAGGGAUGGUGGCAGCACCCUACCCGACGCAGUACCCACCACCCUACCCAGCCCAGCCCGCAGGCCCACCCGCCUACCACGAGACGUUGGCUGGAGGCGCAGCCAUGCCCUAUCCUGCCAGCCAGCCUCCUUACAACCCGGCCUACAUGGACCCCCCGAAGGCCGCCCACUGAGCACACCCCUGCGUCUCUGGCUGCCCCACGAUAGGCCGCGUGCGCGCGGCUCUGCGGGCACAGCCCUUUCUCCCCGUGCAGGAUGCGUGUCCUGUUUGUACACUUGAUGAUGACGAGGUGGGGGACAGUCCUCGCCACAGUUGCUGGGACCAUACUUUGUUUUCUUCCUCACUUCAACUUCUGCUUCCUUGAAACCUCGAGCAAAAUUCAAACGGGGUGGGAGUUCAUUGCCAGACCUCCGGGGGAGGCCAGGUGGGGCUCGCCACACUAGGGUAGCACAGCUUUUUGUGGGUGAAAGGCAUACAGGCUCUGGUUGCUGCAGGUGGCUGGCCGCUGCUUGAGGCCGUGGCCUGUCCCCAGGGUCUGUUCCUCCGUCCAGAGCACUGGAGCCUUGAAGCAGGGAGGUGGGUGAGGCUUGGGAUCUAGCUAAGCUGGAUUUUGAUCCCAUCGUUCCCAGAGCCUAUGUCACAUCCAGUGGAAGUGGGCAGCCUUCUGAUAUCAAAACGCCUAAGUCAGAGCCCCACCCACUCGACAGCUGUCUCCCUGGGCUAUUCCUGCAGCCUCUCUGGGACCGCCUGGAGGGCCACAUCCACCCAUAGUUCUGGCUGCCCCUGGCUCCUGACACAGGUGGGAAGGGUGGCUUCUGUCCACCUACACAUUCAGGUGUCCUCCCUGUAGUGUUUUUACUUUUAGCCAAACUUUUUUGCCUGUUUGCUGUUUUAAAAUGUAUGUGGUAGUUGCUGUGAGGCUGAAACCCCUGGGUCCUGGAGGGAAAUUGGCCCACAGAGGAGAGGGGCGUCUACCCUGAUAGUUCCUGCUUCCCUCACAGCAACCUCACAGAAGUCCAGCUCCUGUACCCUAGUUCAGUUUGUCCUGGCAGCGGGGCACCUGGGCCAACCAGCCUCGGGACCAAAGGUGGAAGUGGGCCCUGGGUCGCUGCUGGCCCAAACACGAAUACCUCGGUGUUCCCUGUCCCUGUUAGUCCCUCUGUUACUCUUGCCAGAUAUGUCUCAGCUUUGUACCUGUUGAUAUGUUUCUGAGUCUGGGGUCUGCACCUUUGUUUAUAAUAAAUGCAGACAUUUGGA